AUGAGCAUCCACGACGAUCCGCCGCUCCCGCUGGGACUCAACUACUCCAACUACGGCGCCUCGCCCUCCUACUGCGAGCACGAUGGCGGGCAGUGGCUGACCAACCUGCAGUGGUGCGUGCCCGGAGCCAACCAGACGAUCCAGCAGCUCGAGAUGUCGGCCCGGGACCACGAUCAUCUUUAUAUCGCAAAGGAGAGCAACGGCGCGACGCGCGGCAGGACAAACGUCGCUUCGUGGAAGGUCCUCGUCGCCGUCAUGCUCCUCAUCUCGGGAUGCCUUCAAAUUGCGUCUGCCUCUCAAUUCGUCGGCGGGAUAGGACCUGCAACUUGA